AUGGACGCCGAACGUUGCGAAUUUCUUGCUGGCAACACACCAAUCGACGUGAUUCCAGCGAUAAGUGACGAAAAAGCGAUUCAUUUGAUUUCCGGCGAUAUUGGACCAUUCGAAGCGGGCGUUCCAUGCCGUAUUCCGAUAUGGACAGCAAUUCUGAUGAAACGAAAGCACCAUUGCAAACUGGUCGCACCGAAAUGGAUGGAAGUCGACGAGCUGAAGAAAAUAUUGGCGGCCGAGACGGAGAGUCAAGGAUUAGCUCAACUGCCGGUCGAGCAUUUCUUCGAAAUCUCACAUAUGUUAGUACGAGACGCCACUGAUGACAUAUAUGAGGUGGAGGCUGUCAAAUCACUUGUACAAGAUAUUUAUGAUCGGAGAGACGCCAAAUUGCGCACUUCUGCUAUCGCUUUCUUGUCACAGAACCAAACGUGCCACGCCCAACUGGACAACGUUCAACUAAUCGAGACAUCCGCUGCUCGUGCCACCCUCGAAGCAUGCAAACAGAUGGGAAUUCUGGUCCGCAACAAACACGACUCCACACCGAUCUAA